CACAAGCAAUCAUGGUGCUCCAAAACGACAUCGAUCUGCUCAAUCCUCCUGCCGAGCUCGAGAAGAGAAAGCAUAAGCUCAAGCGUCUCGUGCAAUCUCCCAACUCUUUCUUCAUGGAUGUGAAAUGUCAGGGAUGCUUCAACAUAACUACUGUGUUCAGCCAUUCUCAAACAGUUGUAGUGUGCGGAAACUGUCAGACCGUUCUCUGCCAGCCCACUGGUGGUAAAGCAAGGCUCCAAGAAGGAUGCUCUUUCAGGAAAAAGUAGUGACUUUGAGAUCUCACGAAAUCAGUCAUCUUUUUCACAGAUGUUUUCUGUUGAGGAUUCAGAUCUUUCUUUAGUUUUGUUUUCUUGCUUUUAGUAGUUUUAAUGUCUGACUUUUUUUUCUUUCUUAUGAGAAGAUUUAUAAAGGGAUGAUGAAACUACUAGAUGAGUAGUCGAUUAGAACUCUUGUCUUGUUGAAACAGUGUCUGCUUUCUUUUUUAAGGUUUAAUCGUUUCUCAA